AUGAUCUCCUCGGUCAUAGUAUACUUGUUUCUCGAUUUUGUUGCCACUGCAGAAGGUUAUUCUUACCACGCCAUUUUAAAAGGCGUUAAUAAUGCUGUGUCGUUGAUAGACCACGUUUCUGAUGUUGCCGAGCUCCCUCUUUGCGCGAAACUAUGUGAAAAGAAGGAAUGUGUUUCAUUUGCAUAUACCCAAGCACAGAAGUCAUGUAAAACAUAUUCUAAAAGACACAGUUUGUCAAAUAAUCCCAGCAAUGACGGAUACACCUAUUUUCAAAAGAAAGCAGACGGGGAAAACACUACAUUUGCCAGACUUGCUCCGAUCUUCAUCUUUAACGACAGAGUAUGGACGGUUGUUCAAAGGAGAUUUAAUGGAAAUAUUUCAUUCGACAAUGACUGGAAUGCUUACAAGAAUGGAUUUGGGGAUCCAUUAGGAGAAUUUUGGAUAGGGCUUGAGCUUAUGCACCAACUCACAGCCAGUGGUCCUCAUUCUUUGCUGGUUCUUGUUGAGUCAUGGAAAGGUGUCAGGAAGUACGCCCAGUAUGAUAAUUUCGAGUUGGCCCCAGAAACCGACAAUUACCGCCUUAACGUUACUGGUUACAGUGGAACUGCUGGAGAUUGCCUUAACAAAAAAAACCAUAAUCACAUGCAGUUUUCAACAAAGGAUAAAGAUAAUGACCUGACCCAUAAUUCCUGUGCUGAUGCCUUUAAAUCUGGAUUCUGGUUUGCCAGUUGCAGUUCCUGUAACAUCAACGGUCCAUGGAAACCCGACACCGGAAUAAAUGAUCGGUGGGCUGUUGUCUGGUAUACAUAUGACAACAGAUUCAGGCCAAUGAAGAAAGCAAUGAUGAUGAUGAGUUGUCUUUAG